GGGCCGCGCGCAGAGGGGCCGCGCGCCGGGGCGCGGGGGCGGCCGGGGGGCCGGCCGGGCCCGCCCCUCUCCUCCUCCUCCCUCCUCCUCCUCCGACCUCGGCCGCCCGCGAGCAGUCGGCUCCCCCGCGCCGAGUUUCCUGUUUAAGAUGGCGUCCCCCGUGGCAGCGCAGGCCCGGAAACUUCUGCGAGACCUGGCGCUCCGGCCCCCGCUGCUGGCGGCCAGGUCCCAGGCAGUGCAGUUAACCCCCCGAAGAUGGCUGAACCUGCAGGAAUACCAGAGCAAGAAACUGAUGUCUGACAAUGGAGUGAAAGUUCAAAGAUUCUUUGUAGCAGACAGUGCGAAAGAAGCUCUGGAGGCUGCUAAGAGACUAAAUGCAAAAGAAAUUGUUUUGAAAGCCCAGAUCUUAGCUGGAGGAAGAGGAAAAGGUGUCUUCAGUAGCGGUUUGAAAGGAGGCGUUCAUUUAACAAAAGACCCUCAAGUUGUAGGCCAGCUGGCUAAACAGAUGAUUGGGUAUAAUCUAGCAACAAAACAAACUCCAAAAGAAGGUGUGAAAGUUAACAAGGUGAUGGUUGCUGAAGCCUUGGACAUUUCCAGAGAAACCUACUUGGCCAUUCUGAUGGACCGGUCCUGCAAUGGCCCCGUGCUGGUGGGCAGCCCUCAGGGGGGCGUUGACAUCGAAGAGGUGGCCGCUUCGAAUCCAGAGCUUAUUUUUAAGGAAGAAAUCGAUAUUAUUGAAGGGAUAAAGGACAGCCAAGCUCAGAGGAUGGCAGAAAACCUAGGCUUCCUUGGGCCUUUGAAAAACCAGGCUGCAGACCAAAUUAAGAAGCUGUAUAAUCUCUUCCUGAAAAUUGAUGCCACUCAGGUGGAAGUGAAUCCCUUUGGUGAAACCCCAGAAGGACAAGUUGUCUGCUUUGAUGCAAAAAUAAACUUUGAUGACAAUGCAGAAUUUCGACAAAAGGACAUAUUUGCUAUGGAUGACAAAUCAGAGAAUGAGCCCAUUGAAAAUGAAGCUGCCAAAUAUGAUCUAAAAUAUAUAGGAUUGGAUGGGAACAUUGCCUGCUUUGUGAAUGGUGCUGGCCUUGCCAUGGCUACUUGUGACAUCAUCUUCUUGAAUGGUGGGAAGCCAGCCAACUUUUUGGAUCUUGGUGGUGGAGUAAAGGAAGCUCAAGUGUAUCAAGCCUUCAAACUGCUCACAGCCGACCCUAAGGUGGAAGCCAUCCUUGUCAAUAUUUUUGGCGGGAUCGUCAACUGUGCCAUUAUUGCCAACGGCAUCACCAAAGCCUGUCGGGAGCUGCAACUCAAGGUGCCCUUGGUGGUCCGGCUGGAAGUGGCUGCCCACAGUGCUGGGCCGAGAAAGAUGCUGAGACUGUAUCCCAGGUCAGCGGAAAAGAGCUCUGUGGUCGUCGUCUUCUGCAGUUUGUGGGAAAGGAGAGUAGGGGCACUCGAGCCAACUAUCAGCCACUGUUGAUUCAAAGAGAGCAAGAGUAGGUAGAAUUUUCUGUCCUGGAAAUACAGCGGCUUGCUGCAUCAGAAGUGGGAAGCAAGAACCGCAAGCUGGAGAAGUACAUGAUGAGGCCGGGUUCUUGUCCUCCACAGCCACAGCACCAGAAAUUUGGAUUGUAUGGAGCAAAGGUCUGCAGACUUUUCCUGUCAGUGGCCAAACUUGAGGCUUUGUGGGCCGUGUAUUCCCUGUUGCAGUAACUCACCUCUCCCGUUGAAGCACAGAAACAGCAUAGACAGUAUAGGAAUGGGGAUGACCGUGCCACGGUAAAUCUUUGUUCCAAAGACAGUGGGACAUAAUUUGCAGCCUGGUGUAGAAAAGAGACCAGCGGCAAGGCCUGGAAUUCUGGAAACUCCUCACGGUACCUGAGUCUAAAGCCUCCUCCAUCCUCAGCUCUGAAAGGUUUUUUAAAAGUCAAGAAAAAUGCGGUGAUACUAAGCUCUGAGAACCUAACAGCUCAAGGAACAGAUCAGCAGUGAGAUCCACUUGGCCAUUCCCCCCACGUAAGUACAGAAUCACAGAUAGUGACGCCAUGAUGUCACUUCUCAGGCAGCAUGGGAGCUCCAGGGUCAGGAUCACAGACAAAAGUCCCACACUGCCAAAAUUACCUUUGAAAAUUCCUGAAAUCAUGCCUAAGUUAGAAUAUACAUGAAUUGAAAGCCAUGCGGUAGACUCCAGGAAGGCAAAUCUCCCUAAGUCUGUGUCGAUGUUUUUUAUGAGAAAGGCUCUAUUCUGUUCUUUAUGAGAACAGCCCUAUUCCGAGCAGGUACAGAAUUGUAGGGCAUUCUGGCUUGCCAGAGGAUACAUUCCAUUCCAUACAUUUGUCUUAGGUUAACAUAUAUGUUGCUUUUUUGAGGGUUUACGUGGUUGAAAGUGAAAGUGUGAGCACCUAGCAUGCGCCCUCAGUGAAUAUAUGUUAGACUUGGUUCUAAAUCUGGCUUGCACACCCUUCUUGGAAGCACUGUGGAGAAGACCCUAGCCAUCGGCUUCCUGCCACUUGCGGCGGUGGUUCCUAUGGGCAUCAUGAGAAUAACACUCACACCCUCGGCGGUGGUUUCUUCUUACCCCGGGAGGAGAAGUCAUCAAGGAGAAUAGGUGUGCACAGGAUGUCUUUUGUCAUUUUUAAUUUUUCUAAAAUGUGAGGAAUCCAGGACAUUUCUGUAAGAUACUCUUCCAACUACAGUAACUUCCCAAGGUCGCUCAGCUUCUCGGUGACAGCCAGGUUUAAAAUCUCCAUUUCCUCACCUGUGAAGCAGGAAUAGAAAUAUGGCGGUCUCGUGGGGAUGUUGCAAGGAGAAGAUGAGUUUUACAGUAACCCAGACAGUCCCUGGCUCAGUAAACGUUGGCUGCCAUUAUUACUCGAGCUCUUGUUUGUAACUCCACCAGGGGGCACUCUGUGCGCCAAGCAGGGCCAGUCUGUGGGCUGGCAGCAAAGUGCCAAGCAAGGUGUUAGAUACUGGUUGCACAUCAUCUGUGGCAAGUGAGGACUGCUGAUGCAGCAGGAGUUUUACCUCUGAUUCUCAAUGAAUUAUUCCAUUUUUAGCAGUACAAUACCAAAAGACAUGUGAUAAGUUAUCUACAUUUACAUGUCACCAAGAAAAUGGGCCCCUUCUACCUGGUUGUCACUUGAAAGGAGAAUAAUGGAAGAGGAGCAAGGGCAAAAGGACAGUGACCAUUUUAGGAGGAAUCUGCUGCUCUGUGGAACCUGGUUUGUUUCCACUGACCUCCUUUCUCCCUGGGGUGGAGGCGGGGAAAGAUUUGAUUACUUAGAGCAGGGGUCGACGUAUUUUAGGAUUGAUGGGCCAUGCUGACUGUCACAACCGCUCAGCUCUGCCUUUGGUGGCACAGAAGCAGCCAUGGACAAUCUGCAAAUGAAUCACUUUGGCUGCAUUCCAGUAAAACUUUAUUUAUGGGCACGGAAAUUUGAAUUUCAUGUGACUUUCAUGUAUCACAAAAUAUUAUUCUUCUGAUUUUUUUCCAACUAUUUAAAAAUGUAACAACUAUUCUUAGCUGACUUAGAAUAGCCCUGACUUAGAACACCAGACCGAGAGUCAGUCCUGUACAUGGCUCGCUGAUCAUUUCACCAGAGCAAAUCACCUAACAUUUCCGGGCCUCAGUUUCCUCUAGUGAAAACAAGAGACUUUGAUCCUAAAGGACGCUUAGGAUUCCUCCUAGCGCUUAGACGCCAAGUUACACGGUUGUCAUGCAGCUUUGCAGUCAUACAAAUCUGUGUUCUCGCGUUGGCUUAGCCUUUGACUUGCUCGGAGACGUUGGGCAAGUGCCUCAGCCUCCCAGUGCCUCAGUCGUCUCAUCUGUAAAAUGGGGAUGAAGAUGAUGUCUUUUUUAGGGUUGCUAUGAAGGUUGAAGUGAUACGAUAAUUGUGAACCCCUUAACUCCUGUAUCCAACAAAUAUUUAUUGUACCUAGUGUAUAUGCGAUAAGUGCCAACUGUUGCAUUCUUAAAAAGCUCAAUUCCUGUUAUAAUAUUACUCUUUAUUUAUUUAUGAGAGAGGGAGCAAGAGGAGAGAGAGCACACACAUGAGCAGGGGAGGGGGUAGAGAGAGGGUGAGAGACAAUCAUAAGCAGAAUCCGGUUCAGCACAGAGAUCGAUGCAGAGCUCGAUCUCAUGAACUGUGAGAUCAUGACCUGAGCUGAAAUGAAGACGUGGAUGCUUAACCAACUGAGUCACCCACGUGCCCCCGCAAAUAAUGCUUUUUCAAAAAGCCUAAUUUCUCUAUACUUUUGACUAGAGAGUAAUUUUCUUCACAGCCCUGUGAUAAAAGACUGGCCUGAGUUGGGGGCAAGGGGCCCACCUUUUGAACAAAACCCUGUGAUUUCUGUCCACUACCAUGAUCUUCUCUCCCAGGUCAUGAAAGCAAAGAACAAAUUUUGAUAAAUUAACCUUCAUCUCUCUUUACAGCUCUCUCACUCCACCUGGUGGCAGGAAGUCAGUGGUAAAACAUGCACAAGUGGAGAAUUUUAAAAAUUUCAUAAUUAUUCUUUUUAUACUAUCCUCUAUUGGCAGAGCAAGACUUCAUUUUAGAAUCAUUCCCCUUUGAUUGUCUGUCUAUUGCCAUUUUUAAGGCACGCGUCGGGGAGAUAACCACUUAGCUUAGCAGCUUUCAGCAAGCAGAUGUUAAGAAGUACUUGAAGUUGAACCAACGUGAGUCAAUCAGUUAUCUGUACAGGUGGUUAUUAAAACUGUAGUCCUGCAGCCUCAUUAAAAAGCAAUGCAGCAUUUAAUAAUUUUUAGAACAUGUCAGCGGCGCUAAUUUAAAUGUGGGGAAGAGAUCAGUUUCCUUUGUAAUUGGGUACACAGGCAUAAACAUGGUCUUUGGAACUCUCAGUUCCGAGCCAGAGUUGAAAGUGGCUGUGAUGGUUCACUAUUUGGAAAUAAAGGCAAGCAAGGGGGUGGGUCGCAGGUGUCAGCCACUUGGUGAAUCCAGAAGAAACCAACCUUGAAUAUUCAAAGAACAGCAUUAAUGAAAGAAAUCCACACGACAGCAAGCGUUUGCCCAAGGCUUCCCCUGAUUCUCUUUUCUUUUCCAGGCUGCUGGUUUUCUUUCUGACCCUCUUCUCUGUGCAUUCCCCCUUCCCCUUCUAGCUGCUCUCUCCAUAGGAACCAGGCAGCAGGGUCUGUGGGCAGCAAGGCCUGCCCUAGCUUUGCUUCUUUCUCCCUGGCCUGUGGGCAGGAGAACCAACGAGGGAGAAACCAGCUUGGAAGCCAGGACAGGGUGCCGGCAGAGUCAGGGCAGGGGCUGGUGCCAUGGGACUUGGUGGGCUCACUUGCUUCCCUUGUUCUCUAUGCCUCUUUCGUGUGCCUUCCCCCUCUGGGAUAUUCCUUACUAUGUGUUCUCUCUCUCUCUCUCUCUCUCUCCCUCCUUCCCUCCCUCCUCCUCCCCCCCAGAACCAAGCCCUUUUCCUUCCCCCCUCCUCCCCGCCCCUCUCCUCUCUCCUUUUUCUCUUCUCUUCUUCUUCCUCUCCCUCUCCCUGUUGCAUGCUGGGGUUCUGAGUAUGCCUAGCCUGUGCUUAAUAAUUAAGGCUGUAAUUAAAGUGUAACUGGAAACAUAAUUAAAAUUCACUUUAAUGGAUCCUGGAAUUGUGAAGCAAUUAGGCAUUUUGCUAUGGCCCUGCAGGAGCAGCUGGAAGGAGAGAAGGGCCCAUUCUCCUGGGCUCUGCUCUACCCAGUCUCUUCCGGCCCCGCCCCCUGGUUGUUAACCUUGAGGAAGGCCUUCCUGUCCAGGAGGGACAGAGGAGUGGUGGCAGCUUGGAGUCUUCUAGGGCACCGCAUAGAGCCAGCUGCUGUUCAGCCCUUCUUAGAGAAAGAGGCCACCACAAAAGCCCCUGGAGAACCUGAGAAAACUCAGGAACAGUCACUCCUAAUUUCCCUCAGGUCGUUUGGGGCUUCUGUUUCAGUCCUAUUAAAAAAAUGGGUUAUUUGGGGGUGUCGGGCCAGCAAGGUGAUCAGAAAAGCUCCCACACCUCACCAACUCAAGCACACUUGGUAUGUAUGAGUGCAUCCACCGUCAUUCAGCCCAUCAGCAAGCCCGGGUUGUGUCGUGGAAACUGCACUGAGCGCAGAGAUCCUGGUGGGCCGGCCUGACAGAAUGUCAGCCUAGAUGAAGCUUGUGUUUGGUGGGGGCGAGAGAAGCGUCAGUGAGCAGUCCCAAUAGUGCUGUGAUUCCGGAAGUACAAGGUGGGAUGGAAGCUCACUUACAAGUCCUGCUCUAGUUUAGGGGCUGGGGGAGUAGUGACAAGGGAGGCAUCCCCAAAGACAUGCCAUUUAUUUUUAUUUCAAUUUAUUAUUUUGAGAGAGAGACAGAGACAGCACAAGACGGGAAGGGGCAGGGAGAGGGGGAGAAAAUCCCAAGCAGGCUCUGCGAUGUCAGCACAGAGCCCAGUGUGAAGCUCGAACUCACGAAACCAUGAGAUAAUGACCCGAGCCAAAACCAAGAGUCAGAUGCUCAACUGACUGAGCCACCCAGGCGCCCCAGGAAAUGCCAUUUAAACAAAUAUCUCAUGAACGUUUGGGUGUUGGCCAAGCAGAAGACAAGAGUUCUGGUUGGAGGACUCGAGGCCAAAGGUCCAGCAUGUCUGCGGGUUCACGGAUUUCUAAAUCGGUCGUUUUCCACCUUUGGGAAUACCUGAUGCUCAGUUAAGUCCUGAAGAAGAUGUUAAUUCAGGAACUGGUUUAGUUAGGUUUCUUGGUUGCAAGGAAGAGUGACUUGUUCCAGUAGUCUCAGAACCCUAAAACGGUCCACAGCCAGUCUGUAGCCAUGAAAAGAACCCAGGUAAAACUGAAUAAACAGUUCUCAGAAUGGACGGCAGCCAUAAUGAAGCCGGCCCCCAGGAGGAGGAGGAUGUGGUAUGGAGGCCAACCUCAGGAGCAGCGCUCCAGCAGCCUGUGCACUUGACUCCACCCGUCUCUGCAUGUUUGCGCUGCCUCUGUCUCACCUGCUUACUAACGGCUGACUAAGUCCUUUUCAUGCUACUGUUUCCCAUUUCGUGUGUGCUACCCAUUCAGAUUCUCAGCAGAGCAAACCUGACUGCACAAGCUAAUGGCCAUCGUCUGUAUUUGCACCACCCUUGGGUCAGGUGCAGUCAUCUUGGGAACAGUCCAUGUCUGCCUUGGGACGAAGAUCACCAUGUGGUCCCUCCUCGAGAAGGGGACAGUUGGUAGGGUCGGUGUAGCCAGGCAGGGAGGCUGGAGAAAGCAGACACCCUACUUGUACCCGAUCCUUGCUCUCAAGUAAUUUAUAGUAUCAUUGAAGUUUAGACGAUCUUGUGCGUGCAAAAGUGCCACAAAUUUUAAAUUGUAAAUUUGACUCCUCAAACAGGAGUCACCAGGAAAUCAAAGUAGAGUGGGAAGACCAAAGGAUUUUGAGACCGCAUCCUGCCAGUCACCAGGCCUUAGUGCUCUUGGCCAAGAAAUAAAUAAAUGAAUAAAAAGCACGCAUUUAUAAAGACCUGACUCACCAGGUCUUUUAGAACCACCAAAUUCACAAGUUCAAAGGCUCAAGGUAAUGUGGGAAGACUGGAAAACAGAUUAUUAUUUUUAUUAUUGUCAAUGUGAUGAUGACGAUAUCCUCUAUUUAUAAAGGUUGUCAUUCAUGGUUCAGCAUGGAUGUUUCAAGCAUUAGUUCCAGGAAUCAUUCAGACCAGUGAGAGAUCAAGUUCAGUUUUCAUUCAACUACUUCCUAACUAUUCCUAGCCAUGCUAGCUAGACUUCAGCCUUUAACUUACCUGUGCCUCAGUCCUCCCUUCUGUAAAAGGAGAUAAUAAUGGUAGCUCUCUCAGGGAUGCUAUUGAGUAGCAAAUGAACUAAUAGAACUGAACAUUGCAGGACACCUGCGAAGUUGCUGUUAAUGCUUUUGUUACUAUUACCACUCCUGUUGAUGCUGCUAAUUCUCGUACCGGUUCAGUUCCUCAGAGAGAACUUGACAGGCUUGGCUAAGAUCUGUGUUCACAGGAGGACUCUGUCACCAAAGGAAGGUAGUCAGAGAUGUAGAAUGUUCAGGGAGAUGAAUCUGCCUCUUGAUGCGUGGGGUUCUUGGAAGCUGUCUGUGUGGAGGCUGUUCUAAAGAGAAAGGAAAGAAGGAGAAGAGCCUUUCUGACCCAAAUUUAGAUUUCUUCCCUGGUGGAUUAGAGGACAGGUAGGCAGAGAACUCUAGUCUAUGUCUCUGUUGAAGGAGAUAGAGGUUUACAUAUUUAACUUUCAUUGACCUUCUGGUCCAAAGACCAGUUCCAUUCUGUGUCAGUCAGGACUUCGCUGCACACUGUGUCAUUAUUCCAUGAAAGCCCUACUUACGGAUUAAUGUCAGAAUUCCUUAGCCUAAUAUUCAACACCUGCCAUCGUCUGAUCCUCUGUUCUACUUUUCAACCUCUGGGACCUUGUCGAAACUUCUACCAUAUGUAUCAAAAUGAACACUGAGGUUGGAUUAAUGAAAUAAUAAAUCUUUACAUCUGCAUUAGGUAA